AUGUCAGAGGCGGAGGGUGAGCGCGGUACCGCCUCUGGGUCCGGUAUCGUUAUGGAGACAGAAGAAAACCCAAACGUGCAAAACCCAGACGAGGCCGCGACCGGAAGCGCUGUUCAGACACAAACUGCGCUUGAUGAUGAGGAGGAGGAGGAUGUUAGAACUCAGACAGCUGUGCAACAGACCCAGGUGGAUAUCUGCUCAGAUCAGGGAAAAGAACCAAGUUCAUCAUCACCUCAAAGAGAGGGACAGGACACACUCAGUCCUCAUGAUGAAGAAACAAUCAGAGCUGCUGAUGCUGUGGGAAGCUCAACAGCAACAGUUAAAAUCUUACUUAUGCCAGAGGGACACAUGAUGACUGUGGCUUUUAUGAUUGGCCUCACCACUCAAGACCUGAAGAAUCAUUUGGCCAAUGAGCUGCGAGUACCGUCUGAAUUUAUUCAGAUCACACUAAAUGGCAAUGCUGUGGAGGAUCACCAGUCCCUGAUGAGCCUUGGGGUGCAGCCACAUGCUACAGUCCAGUUUGAGAUGAGCUCAUUAGAUCCUGAAAAUUACCCCAUCAAGCCAGUUAAGCCUCAGCAGGAAUGCAACAUGCCAGAUGUCAUUACUGUCAGAGUACAGACAGAUGCCGUCACCUACCAGGAUGUGGUAGUAGAGAUUGAAAGAGCCACUCAAAAGAACCCUUUCUUAGGAGGAUAUCGCCACAAGGUCACUGACACUGAGUACCGCCACGCUGGAGUACAGACUGUGCCUACGAGGAGGCCUGAUAGAGAAGUGGAGACUUUCAGCAGAGACGCACAGACAGUGUAUAUGAAGAACCAGGUUCAGCAAAGCACCAACAGCACUUCCACUCAGAUGACUAAACCUGGGUGCUACAUAUCUAACAUGCAGGACAAAGUCAUGACACCAGGAAGAUACAUCACUGCAGAAGAAUACCACAGCAAGAGGCUUAACGCUGCAAUAACUAUCCAGAAAUACAUCAGGCGCUGGCUGGCCAAACUACGGACCACUCGGCUGAGACUGGAAAAGGAUCUGUGCUUGGCCUGGGCUGAGAAGGAGGAAAGAAGAAAGAAAGAAGAGAAGGAAGAGCACAUUAGAGCAGAGUACCAUAGGAGAAUGAACCCAGAGAAAAAAGAAGACUUUACCCUGCUUUAUAAUGCGCUAGAAAAGUGGAGAAAGGGAGAAGUGGAGCGCAUUAAUGCCACUCUGUGUGGAGCAGAAAGGAAAGCCGCUCUCUGUGCGCUCUUGGAGCAGGAGACGCAGUUCAUUGCAUCUAUAGAACACCAUCGAACAGUUGCAGGAGAGAAGAACCAGGAGAAGGCAGUGCAAGCAUUACUCGACAAGUGCGCUGCCCCCAAGCGAUGGCAAGCGUCUGACGGGAUAAUGACCCAAAUGGAUACACCGAACAUCAUUAGGGCUAGAGAGCUUCGGGAUCUCUAUAGCAGCAUCACCCUGAGCUAUCUGAGCCAGGAGGAUCGUCUUGAUGUGCUGCUUACACUCAGACAUACUGUGAAGGAAAAUGACUGUCAGCUGACUCGAGAUAUUGUGGACUUGAUAGACAGAGAGGCCGACCUGCUGAUGAGGGGUGUGAAGGAGCAUAACCUAAAGGGGCUCAGGAAGAGGAUUGCCACUCUCUUCCUCCAGUACAUCAAAACCCCCACUUUUAACCCCCAGGUGUCCAAACUGCUGCCGGUGCCACAAGACCCAGAGAAGCUAAGGAAGAAUGUCCAUUUUUGCCGUGGUUGCAGUCAGUUCCGACCCCUUUCUGAGUUUUCUCUGUCAGUGAACGCACGCUUGGUGGGUCGUUGUUGCCAUUGCAAACAGCUGGACAAUGAGGCUCGGCACAGAGAAGAUUUUUCCUGUUACAAAACCAUUCUCCAACGUCUGCGCAAGGAUGAAUCAAAAGUCGAUCCAGAUGCCAAGAUCCCUUACCUCCUACAGGAGCAGGAUCUGCGCUAUCUAGUGGAUGUGAUAUGGGGGGCUCAGUCUGCUUUGAGUGCAUCUAACGACCUGCGUGAUCUGCGGAUGGCGCGCUGGGACAGGUAUUAUACGUGGAGUCCUUGGAAUUGCGUCCUGCUUACUAAGGACGAGGUAGCUGCUCACCUCAAAGUUGAAAACAUGGAGAAGACAUAUGACACCGUGUUUGUCUGCAACAUUAACCACAAACACGCUCUGGCCCGGAAAUACUUCGCCCAGAUCCCUGUGCUGGCGGCGCAUCUCCAUGAUGUGGACUCUCUGCCUGUUGCCCACAGCCACCUGCUGGUCACCAAACCCAUCGCUACAGUGAGCAAGCAGUCUCACGAGCAGUAA